AAUAUUCCAAUAUUUUAUUAUGUUUAACUGAAAAAGAAUUAAAAGAAAGGAAUUGUGUUGAUGGUCAUUUACUUGCUACCUGGAGUCGAGAUUCUAUUGAAAGUUGUGUCAAAAUUGGAUUUGACCCAAUUAAAUUACAAUUAAAUUUUAUGACUAUUAGAAAAAAUCUAAACCAAAGAAUAUAUGCAAUGAGUGAAGAUGAUGCUAAAGAAUUUUUAAAUAUUAUUAGUAUGGAAUUAGAGUCGAGAACAUUGAGUGAAAUGAAUCAAUUGGUAUUUAAAUGUAUAAAAUGUGAUACAAUAUUUUGUCAAGAAAGUAAUAAAAAUGUUCUUAAAGAAAAAAGAAAAAACUGUUGCCCUAGUUGUGACAGCAAUAUCAUUAUACAAAUAGAAGAAGAAGUUCUUCCAUCUUCUUCUAAGAAGUCAAAUCAGCCAUUAGAAAUAUAUGAACAAAAUUUUAUUGAAGAAGAAAACUCUAAUAAUUCAACACCUAUUAAUUCAAGAUCUAGCUCAGAAGAACCAGAACAACGAAUAUUUUCUAGUAAUGAUAGUGAUGUAGAAAUUAUAAGUAAUCCUAGUGAGAAUUCUGUUGAAAUUCUUGAAGUAAUAUCAAGUAAAGAAAUCAAAUCAGAAAAACCUCUACUAACUAUUGAUGUUCGGACUGCAUUAACUGAAAGUAGCUCUUCAGGAUCAAUGACAGAUAGUGUGUGUACUGCUUAUGAAAGUCGAAAGCAACACAACAACAGUUCGUCAACUAUAAAAGGAAGUAACAUCGAUUCUACGAUUCCAUCAGUAGUAGAUGUACCUAUUAAGUUCUCUUAUGAUGAUUUUGUAUCAGUUGAUCUACGGUUAAAAUCAUAUGUUCAAAAUAAAUUUUUUCGAGACAAAGAAGAAUUUGUAUUGGUUUUUCGAUGUAAUUGUAUUAUGACGAGCCCAGAUCACCGUGUUGAUGGGUGUGUGAUCAUAUCAAACAAAUCGCUAUAUGUGUUUAAAUUCAUCGGCCAGCCAGAUGAACUCUUACAAAAAGUGUCUAGACAUCGAUUAAGUCUUGUCAAGUCCAUAGCUGCCCUUCCAUGGAAUGUUGGUCUAGCUAUAUGUGUCACUCAACCAGAAAGAGAGAUGAAAUAUACAUUUGUUCUUUACGUGCCACGUAUCACUAUACGAUUAAUUGUAUUUUUAGAAAGGAUAAAACCAUUUGAACAACGAGAGGUAUUAGUCUCUUCCCCAAACACUAAUUCUUAUCUAUAUGUCAAUAAUAUUCUUUACAAAAACGAACUACAUUUACCUAUUAUUCAUGUGAUGUUCUGUGAGUGCGCGACAAUCAUCACAGAUAAUGGACUUGUUGAAAUUAUUGACUUACCAGGUAUAGUGAUUACGGAAUACGAGCUGAUAAUAUUGGGUGGUGAAUGUGCAUGGCUGAUACCUUAUGAUGAACAUUUCCCAACAUUAGCUCAUAUUCAACAAAUGAGUACAUUCAUUCGUAUUGAUAAAAACAAAGAGACACUUGGUUUACACUUUAAUAACAAUGUAUCAUGGUCAUUAAUAGUAAAUCAUAUUGAAGCUGAAUUUCUGAUGGAUGAAACAAUAAGAAUAAUAACAAACGCUAAGCAAAAAUUGUGUUCUGCCAUGCAAAUGGCCAAUUUAAAUUGCUCAACUUAAGUGAAUCUAAUCAUCCAGUAAAAUUGUUACAGCUCAAAAUGUCAUAGAAGUCAGAAACGUAUGCAAUUAAAAUUUAUUAAUUUUUUAAACCAGAUAAGUUAUUUAUAUGAAUGCAUAUGGAGCAUAAAAUGUGUAACUAUUUUAUUUAUUGUUAUUUAU